GUGCAUCUUAGGGUAGGUUGAGGUGACGCGCAGGAGGAGUGUAGCGGUUGAGAUUAAAACCGAUGCUUUUUAGCGUUAGAACCUGCGCUUACCUUUUAUUUAAAGUUCACUCGUCGUCAAAUGUAAAUUUGUUUUGAAAUUCAUUCGUUAUUUUUCAUUGCAGGGAUAAAGAAGGACGUUCUUGAAAUGAUGUCUUCACACGAAGACAGAGCCAAGGAGAUUCUGAAGGGUUUUAAAUUAAAUUGGAUGAACCUCAGAGAUGCAGAGACGGGAAAAGUUCUUUGGCAGGGAACAGAAGAUCUUUCAGUGCCAGGAGUGGAACAUGAAGCUCGAGUUCCAAAAAAGAUCCUGAAAUGCAAAGCAGUUUCUAGAGAGUUAAAUUUCUCCUCUGCAGAACAAAUGGAAAAAUUUAGGCUUGAACAAAAGGUAUAUUUCAAGGGGCAAUGCCUAGAAGAGUGGUUCUUUGAAUUUGGCUUUGUAAUUCCAAAUUCCACAAACACAUGGCAGUCUUUGAUAGAAGCAGCACCAGAAUCACAGAUGAUGCCAGCAAAUGUUUUAACUGGUAAUGUUGUCAUUGAGACCAAAUUUUUUGAUGAUGAUCUCCUUGUAAGCACUUCUAGGGUGCGACUUUUCUACGUCUGAAGGAUCUUGGGAGCUCUUUUAUUUUGGGAUUAUUCCUCCUUUUCCUUUUGAAGACCCAUCUCAUGUCGCAAGACUAUGAUUUUGUGAUCAGCAAUCUGAGGAGGAUUUCACUGGCAUGCUACCAUUUUUCCAUAUGGAAAUAACUAGCAAGAACCAAAUGAGCAAAAGAGACUUCUGUAUAUACAGGCAGGAUUGCUCAUCAUGACCAACCUUGUAAAUUAUUGUAUUUGUACUUUUUUCACCUUUUUUUCCUAAAGUUCAAUUCCCAGCUUACAAGUUACACUGCUUCAUUGUGUAUACUAAUAUUUUUAAAGAUUUUUAUUUUUUUUAUUUGUUUUUUUUUUUUUUUUUUUUUUUUUUUUUGCAUCCAGUCGCAGCUUUACUUUGGCCUGCAAAAUGUGGUUCACUCCUUAGUUGUUUUUUUUGUAAAUUAGUUUGUGUUAUCAUUGAAUGUAAGUAAUGAUGAAUUAACAAUUCAGAGAGAAACAAACAGUUGUUUUUUCUUUAUAAUAGACAAGCAAGAACCCUGAAAGGAUUUGUCAUUGCAUAUACAAACAGUGCUGUUUAAUAUACAUUUUAUAAUAUUUUCUAAUGGAUUAUGAUUUGAAAAUGGAAAUGUUUAAAUUAUUUCAUCAUUUAUGUCGAUAAACAAAUAAUUUAGUACAGAGGAAGUCUUUGCCUUUUAUUGAAAUGCAGAAUAAAGAGUAUUUCCUUAUUUGCUCAAUCAAAGAACAGAUACUUUAAGCUUUUCUACAUGGUAUGACAUUGACAUUGGCACUUGUUCAUAUUAAUUUCCUGUAUAGUGUUUUGGAGGAAAAAAAAGAUAUUUGGGAUUAAAAAUUGAACCAAGCAGGAAUAAUGAAUCCAUUAAUCAUAUUUGCUGAAAUUAUUGUAUUGAUUCUUUAUCAUAGAUGCCCCAAAUGUUACAUUUUUUUUCGUACAGAAAAUAUUUUUCAGCUAAUCAUCUUUCCAUGGAUUGUCUGGACACACUUUAAUCAUAACAGAUUUUACAUUUCUUGGAAUAAUAAAACUUAGUGUUGUUUUAUCAGGCUUUCUCUAGUACCAGAUUAUUGAACCACCUAUAGAAACAACAAGUAAUACACUAAACAUUUUGCUUACAAAGCACCAUCACUGACUGAAGUGAGACACACAAUUCAAAUAUCCAGGCACAACUUUAAUACAAUCAAAAUUCACUACAACAUGAAUAUUGCUCCGGAAAUGUGAGGAUAAAACUUUGGACAGUUUUUAGAUGUUCUGUUAAAUAUGUAAUUGCCAUUAGUACAUCUGUUUGAUUUGUUUUAAUUUAAACAUGUUAUCUUAGUUGAUCAUGCUUUUGAUGUUUUUAGAUAAAUGGUGCAGCAGUAAGCUCAUAAAUGCGAAAAUAACUAACUUUUAGAAUUAUAGCAAGUGAAUUUGCUCAUGUAAUAUGACGAAACAUAUCCCCUGUGACUCUUGUACAAUUCUGUGUUUUGACUUUAAUCAGGGAUAAGGGGUUAUACAGUAUUUCUCCUUCAGUUUGGUUGGACUUGCCUUCAGUCUGACUUAGGGCAUUCUCUGUGAUUUAUAUAUGCUUUGCACUUUGCUCACAUUGAUUUCUUUAAGUGAUUCUAGUUUACACUCCUAUACCAAAGUCAUCUUGUCUGCAGCUUUUCCACUGUCAGUGACUGUCGCUGUGUUUAUAUGCAGAUCAGCAUUCCAGUCAAGUUAGUUCCUGCCUUGCUUCUGUUAUUGCUGGGAUGCCCACUGUCAUGUCAGGACCCUGAUUAGGAUGUGCAGGUUUAGAAGAGCAAUGUAUUGUGGGUUAAGGAAUUUCAGUCAAGAGGAAAACUUAACUCGGAUACAUACCUGUGAGUGUUUUUUGGUUAUUCGGCAUACAGUACACAUUCAUAACACCUUCACAAAAUCAGCAGUGAUUUUACAGUACAUUUUUGUUUUUUAACUGGUGAAGCAUAUUUUGCCAAAUGGAAAUGAUUCCUUCCGAGUGUAGCAUUCAAAUUUUUGCCAUUACAGUGAUACAAUUGUAAAAGAGCCAGGCAGCAAUUGUUAAAUCUCUCCAUGUGCUACAUUAUACAAUAAUGACACACACCAAUUAGGCUCCAGGAAUCUUAUAAAAACUAGGUUAAGAAAUUAUUGUGAAGAUAAUAAAAGGAAGCAGUGCAAAGGUAUAUCAUACAAGGGGUUGGGUGAAAAAUCAAAAUAGCUUUGUGCUCCCUCAUAUGUUUAUGAAUAGUAUUGAGUGACAUUGCUAACUGUUCCUGAGUAGCUAAUUAAUCAUUACAUAAACCCCAGAGUGACCAAUUAAAUAUAUGCUAAAUGUAAUAUUUAACUUAAAAUACAGCAUUUAGUGUCAA